UUUAUCAUUUUUAGCCUUAAGAAGAAGACAACUAUGGAAGCUACAGAUAACGAGGAUGCAAUUUGUAAAACAUCAAGUAGUGAAACAUCAAGUGACUUGCAAUCAGUUCAAACUUUACAAACAGAAAAUUUAAAUCUAAAAUUAGUCCUGAAAGAAUACAAAAGAAAAUUAAAUAAUAGAAGUAGUUUAUUGAGUAAAUAUAAAAAGCAAGUCAAAAUAUUAAAACAGAAGCUGAAGCUUCAUUCUGAUACAUUAACAGAUCCAAAUUCGGAGGUUCCAAUGAAUAAAUUUUGUAGCCAAUUCAUUCGAAGUCAAUAUCGAUUAAUGAUGAAACCUAAAAAAGGCAGAAGAAAAUUUUCUGUCUUCCAAGCAUGAGUUCACUGCGAUCUUGGCUAAAUAAUGUGCAUGUUACAUCUGGUAUAAAUUUAACAGUAUUACAAUUAAAAAUUAAAUCGGAAAAAAAAGCUUCGACAGGAGGAAAAAAUUAUUUCACUUAUAUUUGAUGAAAUGUCAUU